AAUUGGUAGCUAUUGACUAAGAAUAUUUGAUUAGGUCGGCAGCUUCGGAAACCGGAUAUUCUCUCCCCUCCUUUGCGCAGAAAAUUAAGAUCAGAUGGAUUCUGUUGACUGCGCGGCGGUUACGCCAAGCAAGAGCAGAUGGGGUGGGAUUCUUGGCAAGGUUUUCCCGCGCAUUCGGAAACCCAAGGUGAAGAAUGAUGGUGAUUUAGUGAAGACAAGUGAGGAUGAGAAAAUGGCGGUUGAAGCUUUUGUUGCCAAGGUUUUUGCCAGCCUGUCUGCCGUUAAAGCGGCGUAUGCGGAGUUGCAGUUUGCCCACUCUCCGUACGACCCGGAACUGAUUCAUGCGGCCGAUCAGAUGGUGGUGUCGGAGUUGAAGCUUUUGUCGGAGCUAAAACAGUGUUUCUCCAAGAAACAGAUUGGUUGGGAUCGGGGGGAUCCUGGGAUUACUCUGUUGUUGGCUGAAAUUAAGGAGAAGAAGUGCGUUGUUAAAACGUAUGAAUCCAUGGUGAAGAAGAUGGAUUCCCAGGUUAAGUUGAAGGGGUCGGAGAUUAUGUUCUUGAAGGAGAAAUUAGAGGAGGCGGAUAAAGAGAACAAAUUGCUGGAGAAGAGAUUGAAUUCCACCUCUGAACCCGACAACCUACGACUCUCAACGUUGAAUUAUAGUCAUUUUAUUAAAUUUUUCCGGCAGACAGUGAGCUCAAUCCGGAGUUUUGUCCGGCAGAUGUGUUGGGAGAUGGAAUCCGCAGGGUGGGAUUUGGACGCGGCGGCCAGUUCAAUCCAACCGGAUUCCGUGAAAGCAAAAAACCGCCGAUGUUUCGCGUUCGAAUAUUAUGUUUGUCGGGAGAUGUUCGACGGUUUCAACCGCCCGAAUUUCAGUAUCUCCGGCGAGGCGUUGAAAGAUUCGGAGAAAAGACAGAGGCUACUGAUGGACAGAUUCACGGAACUCAACGCCGUGAAGGCGGCGGCGGAUUACUUGGCCCGGAAACCGAAAUCGACGUUCGCGAGGUUUUGCGGCAAGAAAUACCGGCGGCUGGUUCAUCCCGGCAUGGAAGAAUCGCUGUUCGGCGGCGACUGUGGUCAUCGGAAAAUGGUGAAAUCUGGGGAGUUCCCGGAGACGCGGUUCUUCUGUUGUUUCGCGGAAAUGGCGAAACGCGUGUGGUUGUUGCAUUGUUUGGCGUUUUCUUUCAACCCCGAGGCUUCGAUCUUCCAAGUCAGCAAGGGGGCCCCAUUCUCCGACGUUUACAUGGACAACGCCAACGACGAGCCGCUCUUGUCGUGGGACGGCUCGCCGGAAACGCAGCCCAGAGUUGCUUUCACGGUGGUUCCCGGCUUCAGACUAGGUACCACUGUUAUUCAAUGUCUAGUAUUCCUAUGCUGAUAUUUUAGCCCUCUAUUUUCUAUCAAACGGCAUCAAGUUGACCUUAAAAUCUUGUGAUUAAGCAACACUUGUUUAAGUUAGUUCGUAUCAACCAAAAAGCACCAAAUGACUGAAAUGAGUAUAUCCAACGACAAUAUUCAUUGUUUGCUUAACAUAGUUAACUUAUCAGUCAAUUUUAACUAAUUUGAUUAUUAUUAGGUUAAAUACCUAAUAUUAGUGUUUGAUUAAUUAGUUUUUUAUAAUAACUUAUUGCUCCAAAACACUAAAAUUCAAAAAGUUGAUCAAAACAAACAACUAAUAGUUAAUUUACCAAAUAUCUUUAUAGAAUCAGCUAAUACUAUUAACUAGUUAAAUCGACUAACACAAUCAGCUAAAAGCUAUUUACCAAAUACUCAUAUCUUGUUUAAGUUCAUAUCAACCGAUCGAAAAGCUUCAAAUGAAUAUAUCUAACGACAAUAUCUAAAAUAAUCUUGUGAUGGAGUAGUACUUGUUUAGUCCUUUAAAAUUUUGGAUUAAGAGGUGAAUUUUCGGCUUAGAUAUACCAACAAAAAAGUAGGAGAUAAGGGGGGCCUUUUGGAAAGGGCCAAAGGGGUGAUCUGGACGCCAUUGGCUUUCGUAAAUGAUUCUUUUUGUUGAGUGGGAAAAUUGGGGCAAUGGUGCUUUGGGUCUUUGUGUUUUUUGAGAGGGAAAGCGCGUGGAUUAUUGUGUGGAAAUAUCCUAUAUAUGAAUCUUUUGCAUUGUGUUUUCCUGAAUCAUUCUUAAAUUUUGUUGAUAUUAGACAAGUGGUUGGUGGGAUUCUGAUUAGCUGUAUAUUAUAUUGUGUAUUAUAUGAUUCCUUUGAAUAAACUUGUAUCUUCUUCAUGUCUAAA